CGGGCCGGGGAACGCCGCUUCCGGGGGAGCGGCGGGGCCGAGAACCGGAAGCGAGGCCGGCAACAGCGCCAGGCGCGGAGGGCAACGGCGGCAAGAUUAGUUUGGGGAUGUGAAUACAAUGAGUGUAAACCAGCAAACUCACACAGGGCCUCCUUAUGGGCAACCUCAGCCUGGAUAUCAGGGAUAUCAGCAGCCUGCCUAUGGAGGACAGCCAUUGCCAGGAGUUCCACAGUUGCAGUAUGGAGCUUAUAAUGGUCCGAUGCCAGGAUAUCAACAGCCAGUCCCUCCACAAGGUUACUUUCCUUCCUUGGGAUUCCCUUCAAAGGGCUGUCCUGUAUCUCUCAACUCUGACAAUUCUCUUGCACCUAAUUUCAUAGGUUCAUUAAGAACCCCUGCAACAUCUGGAGCUCCUCCUCCACCUUCUGGACCAACUCUUCCUUCUGGCCAUCUGGCAUACAGUCAGCUUGGGCAUGGAGAUGUGCAGAAUGGAAUUGCAGCUUCAGCAGCCUCAGCGCAGAGGCCACCUGCUUCUCAGCCAUUUCUGCCAGGCUUAGCACCCACGCCUGUCAUCCAGACAUCUGCAUUUCAGCAAUAUGGUCCCACCCCAGCCAGUGUACAGCAGCUCAGCAAUGACAUGACAGGGAUGACGAUUGGCCGUACUACAGCUUCUGCUCCUCCCCCAGCUGGACUGGGCUAUGGUCCUCCAACAUCAGGUCCUCCAGUCUCAGGAAGCCUUAGUGCAACAGGAUCUGGCCUCUACACACCUUACACUGCAAGCCAAGGACCGUCUCCUACCAGUGUGACUCAGAGUCUUCCUUUGGCACAACCUCCUUUUCCUGUUCAAACAAUAACAACUCAGCGCCUGCCUACUCAAGUCCCUGGUUUUGCCCCACCUCCACCAUCUACAGGGAUUGGACCUUCCUCUUACCCUCCUACCACAGGUGCCCCAAGGCCACCUACCAUGUCAGGCCCACCACCACCACCACUUGGGCAGACAGUUGCUGGACCACCAGCAUCACAACCUAAUCACAUAUCCUCACCACCGCCAUCAGCUGUGUCCGGGCCACACCCUGGGCCUCCCGUUACUGGCCUUCAUGGACCACCUCCUCCCACUCAUCCUCCUCAGCCAGGAUACCAAAUGCAGCAGAAUGGUUCCUUUGGGCCGGUGAGGGGUUCCCAACCAAACUAUGGAGGAGCCUAUCCAGGAACACCAAAUUAUGGAAGUCAACCUGGACCACCACCUCCACCAAAACGCUUGGAUCCAGAUUCCAUUCCUAGCCCUCAACUUAAUGAGCUGCCACCACAGCAGAAACCCAGGCACAGAAUAGACCCAGAUGCAAUUCCUAGUCCCAUUCAAGUGAUCGAAGAUGACAGAAGUAACCGUGGGUCAGAACCGUUUGUCACAGGAGUGAGAGGACAUGUUCCACCUCUUGUUACUACAAAUUUUAUUGUCAAGGAUGAAGGUAAUGCAAGUCCCCGCUACAUAAGAUGUACAUCUUACAAUAUUCCCUGCACCUCAGAUAUGGCCAAACAGUCCCAAGUUCCCCUAGCUGCUGUCAUAAAACCGUUGGCUACUCUACCCCCUGAGGAGACCCUUCCAUACUUGGUAGAUCAUGGAGAAUCCGGUCCUGUCCGAUGUAAUAGGUGCAAGGCUUACAUGUGCCCUUUUAUGCAAUUCAUUGAGGGUGGAAGGAGGUUCCAGUGUUGUUUCUGCAGCUGUGUCACUGAGGUACCACCUCACUAUUUCCAGCAUUUGGAUCAUACUGGAAAGCGAGUAGACUUCUAUGACCGACCUGAGUUAUCACUGGGGUCUUAUGAGUUUCUAGCAACAGUUGACUAUUGCAAGAAUAACAAGUUUCCCAGUCCGCCUGCUUUCAUUUUCAUGAUUGAUGUAUCUUACAAUGCUGUGAAGAGUGGAUUAGUGAGGUUAAUAUGUGAAGAAUUGAAGUCACUCCUAGAUUACCUGCCCAGGGAAGGCAACAUGGAAGAAUCAGCCAUUCGAGUAGGCUUUGUCACCUACAAUAAAGUGUUACACUUCUAUAACGUGAAGAGCUCACUGGCACAGCCACAAAUGAUGGUUGUCUCAGAUGUGGCAGAUAUGUUUGUGCCCUUACUUGAUGGUCUUCUGGUGAAUGUGAAUGAUUCCAGGACAGUUAUUGCCAGUUUGCUGGAUCAGAUUCCAGAAAUGUUUGCAGAUACAAGAGAAACUGAAACUGUUUUUGCACCUGUGAUUCAAGCAGGGCUGGAGGCACUGAAGGCAGCUGAGUGUGCUGGCAAGCUCUUUAUUUUCCAUACCUCUCUGCCCAUCGCAGAGGCCCCAGGGAAGUUAAAGAACAGGGAUGAUAAGAAACUGGUCAAUACCGAUAAGGAGAAGACUUUGUUUCAACCACAGACAAGCUUUUACAAUAACUUGGCCAAGGACUGUGUGGCCCAUGGCUGCUGUGUGGAUCUGUUCCUGUUUCCAAACCAGUACUUGGAUGUGGCAACACUGGGUGUAGUAACUUACCAGACAGGUGGCUCCAUUUAUAAGUAUGCGUAUUUCCAGCCGGAGACAGAUCAAGACAGGUUCCUGAAUGACUUGAGAAGAGAUGUCCAGAAAGAAGUGGGAUUUGAUGCUGUAAUGAGAGUACGCACAAGCACAGGUAUUCGAGCAACUGACUUUUUUGGAGCUUUCUAUAUGAGCAACACAACUGAUGUAGAGAUGGCAGGUUUGGACUGUGAUAAAACAAUCACGGUGGAAUUCAAGCAUGAUGACAAACUGAGUGAAGACAGUGGUGCUCUCCUUCAGUGUGCUGUGUUGUAUACAAGUUGUGCAGGACAGCGACGACUCCGCAUUCACAACCUCUCCUUAAACUGUUGCACUCAGCUUGCUGACCUCUAUCGAAACUGUGAGACAGACACACUCAUCAAUUACUUGGCGAAAUAUGCAUAUCGUGGAGUUUUGAGUAGUCCAGUAAAGACUGUACGAGAUGCACUGAUCAACCAGUGUGCCCAGAUUCUAGCUUGCUAUCGAAAGAACUGCGCUAGUCCUUCUUCUGCUGGCCAGCUGAUCCUUCCUGAAUGCAUGAAGCUGCUUCCUGUGUACUUGAACUGUGUAUUGAAGAGUGAUGUCCUUCAGCCUGGUCCAGAGGUCACAACAGAUGACCGCGCCUACAUACGUCAGUUAGUCACAUCCAUGGAUGUGGCAGAAACAAAUGUUUUCUUUUAUCCCAGGCUUUUGCCCUUGACCAAAGCAGAUGUUGACAGUGACUCCUUGCCAGGAGCAAUCCGGAACUCAGAAGAACGUCUCUCCAAGGGUGACAUAUACCUGCUGGAGAAUGGGCUGAACAUCUUUGUAUGGGUGGGAGUCAAUGUGCAGCAAGGCCUGAUCCAGAACCUCUUUGGAGUGUCAUCCUUCAGUCAGAUCAACAAGGCCUUGACUAUGUUGCCGGUCUUGGAAAACCCCUUUUCAAAGAAAGUACGAUCUAUUAUCAACAUGCUUCAAAUGCAGAGAUCCCGCUACAUGAAGUUAAUAAUUGUGAAGCAAGAAGAUAAGCUGGAAAUGCUGUUCAAACACUUCCUAGUGGAGGACAAGAGCUUGAGUGGAGGUGCUUCAUACGUGGACUUCCUGUGUCACAUGCACAAGGAGAUUCGGCAGCUACUGAGCUAGAGGAAGAAGUAGUGCUGGAACUCAGCAGUGACAUUUCAGUCUCCACCAAUGACCUGAUCAGAAGGCUCAGUGCCCUCAAAAAGGACAACGUAGAAAUCUGUACAAUUCCAUAAUUUUUAAUAUGCAUUGCAUAAGCAGAAAUCCUUUCAACCUCUCCCAGUCCCGUAUGAGAGAUGAAUUUUUUUCCUGGCUUAAAAAAAUGGCCUUUGGUACCAGGCAUUUUACUUGUAUCUAAAUUGUUUCCUGUUCUUGGCAGGAGCUCACGCUCCCACCCCAUGCUCACUAAUCCCAUUGUAAUGAAUGUAGGUUUGGGUUGUUUUUUUCAGUUCACUAUAUAUGAUUCAACAUUGGGUGAAAAAAUGAUAACUCUUCAAAACUUCUGGUAGUUGCUGUGUACAUGCUCCAAAGGCAAAGAGGAUGUGCAGGUGGGGAGGACGAGAGGCAGAGCAGGUGAUGGGAGCUGGAGUAGCCAAACAUUUUGUGUCACCUCUUGAGGGAUACAUGAUGUUGCAGAGCACAAAUGUGUCACAUGGUUCUCUGAACCAGAAAUCCAUGAAAAUAGAAAUAAGCGGCAAUCCAGGAGGCAUCAGGGCAAAUUUCUUUCCACAAUCUCCCCUGUUCUUUGCAUUGCUGUGCAGAUGUGUAAUGAAGUAAGUAGAAGUUCAGUGAGAAUAAUCAAGAGCUUCUGAACAGUGUAGGAGUAGAGAUGGUGCUUCCUGUUGGCAUGUGGAGACUCCUUUCUUCUUGUUGCACAGUUCUAUAAUGUCCUACUCAAUCCAUGUUCCACAGCUUCUCCUGCAGAGCUUACCUGUCUAUCCAGAUGGUGGUGGGAACAAAAGCCUCUUAAGCAUAAGCAGAAAAUUCUUUCAACAAGGUGAUGUGGGACUGUGUAGAAACUGGGUGAUAAGGAAGUUGCCAUUUUCAACUGCAUUGCUGUGAAUCAUGGGAAGCAAGCAGGAAUUUGAUUUAUACUGAUGCAAAUUUGAGGCUGCUUUGUAUGCUGGAAUACAAAGAAGUAGAUAGAAAAUUUUUAGACUGCACUGUAGGUGGUAUUGCAAUUAUGUGCAGCUGUAUUGAAAGCAUCUGGGCCCACAGUGAGGUUUUUCAUUAUUGGAUUUUUAUCCCCUCCCCCAUUCUACCUACUGAUCAGCUUGCACAAAACCGUUUUGUAAGCCUGUUUGUUAAACUAAAUACCUCAGACAGAUUAAUGCAUCCACUUUGUCCAUUCUGCUGUUUCAUUCUGCAAGGAUGGAUAAGAAGACCCCAGAGAAGAGGGAGUGAGUGUAAAUCAAAUUCAGAAUUCUAAGGGCUUUGUUUAUUCACUUUUGAAAUGGAGAGGGUGUGUAUAUUUUAGCUCAAACGCUUAAUUAAUAUUCUUGCAAGAUCCAGGACUUCGAGCUACCAGUAGGACUAAAAGUGGAAGGAAGAUUGUUUUGGAUUACAGAAUAUAUUAUCUGGGCUUAAUAUUUCAGAGAAAAGUAUUUGUUAAGAUCAGAAAAGUAUCUGGCUGUGGUUUUAGUUCCAUAUCCUGUAGCAUGAACAUAAUCCAUUUUUCUUCUAAUGCUGCUAGUUUGUCUUCCCUCCCAUCACUACACAGAAAGGGGAAUAUGAAAACUGUAAUGGAGAAACUCUUUCAAGAUGUAGUUGACAAAAUCUUCAGCAUUUUUUUAUGGAAAUGGCUGACUUUUUACUCCACAUGUACUGCCUCCAGUCAGAAAAUCUAGAGAAUUUUUAACCAGAGGGGGAAAAUUGCUUCCCAGGUAUAUAAGGCACAGCAACAACAGACUUCCACAAAUACUAAUUUCUAGAAUUAAUACUGGGGAGUGUGGGGGUGGAAAUGAAAUCAUAAAUGAACUUUUCAUUUUCUUCACAUGUUUUUCCAAUGCAUCUUUUAAUUUGUAAAGAAAUAAAAAAAAUAUAUUAAGAUGUAUUUUAUGUCAUUGUUAGUAAAUAAACACUGCUUAUUUUUCCAAACCCUGUAUUUUGCGGGAUGGAGGAACUGGGAAGGGCUGAAGUCCAGCUGACUGAUUUUUUUUUUUUCUUUUUUAAAUCAAAUUUUCUGAUCAAAUUCAGUCUUUUCAGUACUGAAUAAUGAUAAAUGCAAUGAAUCAACAGACAAGGUGCUGGUUAAUCUGUGUUACUUAGAUUUUUUUAACUUUGUGCCCCUUUUGAGUCUUCAUUUUUCAGAGUUUUUCCUUUUCUCGAACAGAUUGAGUCAGCUUGCUUGGGGAAUUUACGUCUACUUUGGAAAGUUAUUACUCUUACCUUGCAACAAUGUUAAUUGAAGGA